GACUCCAUAGCAAUGCUGGCGGCCACGACAUGGUGGUUGUGCGGCGAGACGAUGGCUGCGUGCUUCAUCGUCUACUUCCUCCUCAAGCUUCUCCUUCAGCGUCCCGUGCCCAAGGUCGAGGUUCCUCUCGAGGAUGACGCAGAGAAGACGGACGUCCUUCACGGUCGGAGAAAGCUAGAUCCGCGCACAGCAAAUCCUCGGGACGGAGGGGCAGGAAGGAUCCAGUGCUGGGACCCCUGCACCAUGGAUGACCUCGGGGUGGUUGAGGCCUUCACACCAGCCCGCGUGCAUGAGGCGAUACAGGCGGCGCGAGAGGCGCAGGGGGCAUGGAGGAAGUCGACAUGGGAGGAGAGGAGGCACCUGAUGCGGACGAUGCUGCGAUGCCUGACGGACAACAUGGACGCCAUCGUGCGCGUCGCCUGCCGAGACUCCGGGAAGACGAAGGUGGACGCGAUGCUGGGAGAGGUGCUGACGACCUGCGAGAAGUUGCGAUGGCUGGAGAAGAGCGGGGAGAGAUGGCUAAAGCCGGAGAAGAGGGAGAGCGGGCUGUUAAACCUUCACAAGACCUCUCGCGUUGAGUUUCAUCCUGUGGGAGUGGUGGGGGCGAUAGUUCCCUGGAACUAUCCCUUCCACAACGUCUUCAACCCUCUCACCGCCGCUCUCUUCGCGGGCAACGCCAUCGUCAUCAAGACGUCUGAGUACGCCUCCUGGUCCACCAAGUUCUACGGCAGAUUGAUCGACCUCUGCCUACAAGCUGCCGGGGCUCCGCGCAAUCUUGUUCAGAUCGUCACGGGAUAUGGAGAGGCAGGAGAAGCUCUCAUCACCGGAGGAGCCGACAAGGAAAGCCUGCUGCAGGUCGGGAGGAAAGUGCAGGAAGCAUGCGCGAAAACCCUCACACCCCUCGUACUCGAGCUCGGAGGAAAGGAUCCCUUCGUGAUCUGUGAGGACGCGAGUCCCAAGGCCAUCGAGCAGCUGGCGUGUAGAGGCGUGUACCAGAACAUGGGACAGAACUGCGCGGGGCCAGAGAGGUUUCUUGUCUACGAGGGAGUUUAUCAAGAAUUCUGUGAUAGAGUUUCCAAGAUUGUCCACGACAUGCGACAGGGCCCAACCUUGUCGUCGGACUUUGUCGACUGUGGAGCCGUUCGACUGCCUUCCCACUUGAAGCAUCUGCAGGACCUCGUGGAUGAUGCGGUCAAGCAUGGAGCUAAGCUCGUGGCGGGAGGUUUCAUCCCUAAAAAGCCCUCCCGGCUCGCUGAGGGUCAGUUCUAUCCGCCAACCAUUCUCAGCGACGUGACUGAGGACAUGAAGAUCAUGAAGGAAGAGAUCUUUGGCCCCAUCAUGUGCAUCGUCAAAAUCAAGAACAAUUCUGACCAAGAGGCCAUUCGCAUUGCCAACAACUGCGAGUUUGCCCUCAGCUCUUGCGCCUUCUCAGGGAGCAAGCAACGAGCGUCUAAGCUUGUUUCCUCCAUGCAGGCGGGCAUGGGAUCUGUCAACGACCUCGAGGGCACCACCUACCUCUCACAGAGCAGCGGUUACGACCGUUUUGCUGGACCCGAGGGACUCCGAGGUCUCUGUCACAUCAAGGUAUCUGACCUCCUCUACUCCACCUGCUCCUGCUCGACCUGCUCCUGCUCGACCUGCUCCUGCUCGACCUGCUCCUCCUCCACCUGCUCCUCCUCCACCUGCUCCUGCUCCUCGUGCCAUGGUUUACUUCGUUUCAGUCGGUCGUGGAGGACAGGUUUGUCUUCCAUGGAGGACCCUUCCUUGCCAUGCCUGCCCAGGUUCGUGCGCAACGAGACAAGUUUAGGACUUGUGGAAAGAAGGGGAUGA